ACGUGCGCGAAAUUGAAAAAGAAUGCGGAAAUGAGCGGAGUCCGUAUACGGCCGUUGCAUGCUCUUGCGCUAGCUCGCUGGACUGUAGCUUCAUGCUUGGCGAGCCAUCUUGUUGUUGCAUAGCCUCCGGACCACAGCAUUGCUAGCUAGCAGCACGAGCCUACCGACAAGUGGACGAAGCCAACUCGAGAGACGCAGCACGACAGAGAGAGAGGAGGAGGCACGCUGACGAGGUAUAGCUAUGGCGGCGGAACAGAGAAGAGUGGUAUGCUACGACUACGCGGCCAAGGACAGCGAAGAGCUGGACAUCGUCAAACACGAGACGCUCACGGUGCUCGACUCUUCGGGCCUGUGGUGGAAAGUGGUCAACGACAAAGGACAGAGCGGGCUCAUACCGUCCAACUAUCUGUACCCGCCAGGAAAGGGACCCGCCCCUACCCCGGCUCCCAGUUCUGGACGAACUGACCUGAAAGCGGACGAGCCAGCGCACAUGUACCACCAGCCUGACCUUAUGAUGAACAGAGCAAACGGUCCUUCCCUCAACAUCACAGCCAAAGCAAAGUACCGUUACCAGGGGAGCAGGGAAGACGAGUUGAGUCUGGAGAAAGGUGACGAAGUGAUCGUGAUGGAAAAGGAGGCAGACGGUUGGUGGAAAGGACGCUGUGGUGCAAAAAUCGGGUGGUUCCCCUACAAUUAUGUCGAGGAAGUGGGCGUGGCAGAGGUGGAACCAGAGAAAGCUCUGCCCCCUCAACGAGAGAAGAAAUUUGUCUGCGGUGUCAUUGCACUGUACUCGUUCAACUCGGGGAACCCUGAGGAGCUAACGUUUCAAAAAGGAGACCUCCUAGACAUCGUAGACCAACCGGAGGACGACCCUGAUUGGUGGGAGGCUCGGAAGGCCAACGGACAGACCGGGCUCAUACCAAGAAACUACGUCGAAAUUGUCCACGAUGCCGAACCAGUGUUUGGUUCGGGUGGAGGGGGUAGUGGUGCCGGACAACAUAAAUCAGCGCAGGCUUCGCUGCCUUUUAGCUCACACCCUCCGCCACCGUUUGCACACGAGGUGUGGUACCACGGUCGAGUCGCACGGAGGGAGGCCGAGACGCUGCUGAAUCAGAGAGCCGCCCAUGGGCAGUUCAUUGUUAGGAGUAGUGAAACAAAGCCCGGUGAUUAUUCUAUAUCCAUGAAGGCCCCGGACCGAAUCAAGCAUUUCAACGUCAAGAAUCUCCCAGACGGCAGACUAGGCAUCGGACAGCGCAAGUUUGACUCUAUGGAUGAGCUAAUACAGCACUACCGACGAGCCCCCAUCUAUACCACUACAACCGAGGGAAAGAUGUACCUCUCAGAAGGACUCGCUCGAACCGUAGCUCGCUGAUAUGCAGACCAGGACUGUUGAUAUGUUCCCGUUUGCUUCCUCCACAUUUUGUCCCCCCAAUGUAAACCCACUAAAACGCCCUUGUGACACGGCUGGUGCUAAUAUUGUUGUUGUAUGCAAGUGGCUCAACAUGGUGUUAACUGUGUAUGCAUUGUGUGUGUGUGUGUUGUGUUGUGUUGUGUACCUGUGUGUAGCUUAACCUUGUUUAUUUUCAUGGUUUCAACAAUUGAC